AUGGAAGGUGACUCGAUGCCCGCGCCGCCCACGCCGAGGCCGGGGGGCUCGCCGCGAAUCCUCGUGGCCGUCGACGAAUCGGACGGCGCCGAGGCCGUGAGUGCCGCACGUGCCGGCGCCGCCUCUCCGCCUUUACCCUCUUUCCACCCUCCCGCCGUCUCCCUCGCCCUCCUUCCCCUCUUCCUUCCCCCCCUCCUCCAUUUUCUCACGUCCCCCAUCUCCGCCUUCCCCUCCUCAUCAGACAUCCGAUCUGUCGUCAACCCCCCCCUCUCUCUCCCACGCGACCUGCGCCUCGCGUUCCUCACAAUGCCUCUUUGCCACCUUCACCCAUCCCCUCCACCUCUCUCCACCCCUCCUCACCCUUUCCCACCUUUCCCCACCCCUCCCCACCCCUCCCUUUCCUCCCCCACGUGCGUACUUGGGCUGCCCCGGCAGGCCUUCCGCUACGCGCUCACGCUGCUGAGGCGCAGCGACAACAUAUACGUGCUGCACGUGCUGGACCCGCGCACAUUAUCAGCGUGGCGGGCGGAGGCCCAGCAGGCGGGGGCAGGCAGCAGCAGCAGCAGCGGCGGCAGCGGCGGCGGUGGCGGCGGUGAGGUGCAGGCAGCCAUAGACGCACGGGUAGAUGCGUUGCUACACCGCUACCGCAAGCUGGCUCACGGCAAGGGGGUGAUCUGCCACGGGGUGUCGCGUAAGGCGAGUGAUCGGCGGCAGGAGAUAUGCGAGGCGGUGGUGAGGCAGGACAUAGAGCUGCUCGUCGUGGGCACGAGACAGCUCAGUGCCGUCGCUAGGGCCGUGAAAGCCAGUGUGAGCGAUUUUCUGCUGCGCCACUGGCGUCUCUCUUUCCUUCUCUUUCAACCUGUGCUAUUCUCCACUUCCCUCCCCCAACCCACCCCCGUGCCCACUCCUCAGGGCCGUGAAAGCCAGUGUGAGCGAUUUUCUGCUGCGCCUCUGGCGGCCGUGAAAGCCAGUGUGAGCGAUUUUCUGCUGCGCCACUGGCGUCUCUCUUUCCUUCUCUUUCAACCUGUGCUAUUCUCCACUUCCCUCCCCCAACCCACCCCCGUGCCCACUCCUCAGGGCCGUGAAAGCCAGUGUGAGCGAUUUUCUGCUGCGCCACUGGCGUCUCUCUUUCCUUCUCUUUCAACCAGUGCUAUUCUCCACUUCCCUCCCCCAACCCACCCCCGUGCCCACUCCUCAGGGCCGUGA